AUGAACAGUCUUCGAAAACUAAAUAGUUUUAUUCGUGCCAAAAAAUAUAAACGGAAAAUUCGAAAUUGUGUUUAUAUUUAUACACCACUACCUAAUAACAAAUUUGGAUAUAUAAUAGAAUAUAGGCGACCUGAAUUUAGCGAAGUAUUCUAUUAUAAAUAUAAAAAAAAUGCUGAUGACACUUUAACAAAGUACGGAUACUUGAUUUCUGACCCUGGGAUAGGUUUUGGUCACAAUAAUAGUAAUCGUACGAAAAAUCAAGAAAAUAAAGGAGGACUUUGGGCAAAUAAAGAUAAAGAUUGCAUUUUUUAUCAAACCGUUGCUGAUAAAACACAAAUUGAACUCGAAAACCGUUGGAUGAACGAAAUAAGAAAAAAAGGUCGUUUGGAAAUUUAUCAGAAUGAUGAUGAAAAUAAUCGCAAUGAAUGGGUUGAUGUAAUGCAACAUAAUAAUAAAAUUUAUAUUUGUGAUAACAUACAACGUCGAAGAAUUGCUGAAGUUUUAGAAAAAUAUAAUAAUAAUUGUAUUAAUGACAAUCUAUCGACUUCUCAAGAUUUUGUCAAGGAUCAGCCUCAUUUGGAAACUGUAGGCAAUAUUGAAGAUCGUCGUCGAUUGAGAAAUGAUCCUCCUCCUCGACCUACAUGUAUGACUACACCUUCAGAUAAUGAACCAUCUUCUGAUGCUACUAGUGAAUUUUCACCUCCUAUUACUCCAACAACUCCCCCAUCCUCUCCAAGUGAAGCGUACUCAGCUGUUAAGCCAAAUGGUUUAUUGAAUAUGAAUAUAAGACAACGCCAUCAAAGAACAUCGUCCAAAGAUAGUACAAAAAACAUUUCUUUAAAAAAUAGUCAACCUAUUAAUGUUAUCAAACCUCAAAAAGUUGUUCAUUUAUCACAUCCUAAGUUCAGUAGAAGACCUCCUCUGGUACAUAUCUUUGAUCCGGAUGAUUCUUUGAUUUUUAAAAAUUGUAAAUGUGAACAUUGUAUUAUUGGUCAAUAUAAUGAGUAA